AUGCAUGGAGGAACUCAGCUGACGCUCUCCUACAUUCGGAGGACUUUCUGGAUUAUUGGAGGUCGUGCUCCUGUGAAGUCCUUCCUCAAAGAUUGUCUCACUUGUGCUCGAAUACGUGGAGUGAGAGMACAACAACUCAURGCUCCACUCCCGGCAUCUCGAGUGACACCAUCUCUUGUGUUCGAGACUACAGAGCUUGAUUACGCCGGGCCAGUAACAAUGAAGACUUUUCAAGGCAGAGGUGCAAAGUCCUUUGAGGGUUGGAUAGCAGUGUUCAUAUGCUUCUCCACCUCUGCCGUUCAUCUCGAAGUAUUCUCUGACUACUCCACCGAAAGAUUUUUCAAGGCAUUUCGCCGGUUCACCAGCCGUAGGGGUCUUCUAAAAACGCUCAGAAGCGACUGUGGUACCAACUUCCAGGAAGCAAACAAGCAGCUUAAGGAGCUAUUCUCAGCUGCAACGAAGGAAUCYCUCAAGAUCCAGAGACUUCUCGCUAAUGACGGCACUAAGUGGAUCUUCAAUCCUCCAGCAGCCCAACAUAUGGGUGAAAAAUGGGAGGCGGCGGUGAAAUCAAUCAAAUAUCAUCUCAAACAAACCUUCUCGGAUACGUUGCUAACGUUCGAAGACUUCUCCACGUUCUUAGCUCAACGAAUUCAAGAGCGCUUCCAGCAAUUUUGGAGAAAAUGGUCGACGGAAUGCCUGCAAGCGCAUCAGACCACAUCCAAAUGGCAGACAUCGCAAAACGAUAUCAGGGAAGGGUCUCUUGUACUCAUCACUAAAGAGCGACUUCCGCCAUCGAAAUGGCCUCUUGCCAGAGUGAUACAACUACACCCAGGAAAGGAMGGUCUCUGCAGGGUUGUCACGCUGAAGACCGCAACCAGCACUAUCACUAGACCCCUAGAAAAAGAUUUUUUAG